AUCCAAGGACUUCAUCCCUUUAAUCUGGUUUUGAAAACGGCCUUCGCGAUGCUCUGGCCUUCGUGGCUGGGUGGCGUUCCGCAUGCAUACAGAAUUGUUAGACUGGCGCAUGACGCAUCAGCCUUAGAAGCGAUAAGGCAGCUCCUCGAAGAUGGCAAGCUCAAGCCUGUCAUAGACUCCGUGUACGAAUUUAAGGAUGUCCUGUUGGCUUAUGAGCGUAUCAUGACAUCGAGAGCUAAGGGGAAAGUUGUCGUAAUGGUGGAUUCCUGA